AUGUGCAAAAGACACCAUGUGCACGCGAGUCAUUAUUGUAUGGUUCAGUUAGAUCGUUGGUGGUUGGAGUUGGAAAUUUUCUUGCAACAAGCAGAGUGA